CUGAGCGAGCCGCCAUUUUGGAUGCCGAGCUUUAAGUGCCAGGUUCCUCUCAGCCGUUUUCAUACCUGGAUUCAGGCAGGAGGAACAGCACAGCAUGCUGGGCUCUGGAUUUAAAGCUGAGCGUUUACGAGUCAAUUUGACAUUAGUCAUAAACCGUCUUAAACUGUUGGAGAAAAAAAAAACGGAACUGGCCCAGAAAGCGAGGAAAGAGAUUGCUGACUAUCUGGCUGCUGGGAAAGAUGAACGAGCUCGGAUUCGAGUGGAGCACAUUAUCCGAGAAGACUACCUUGUGGAGGCCAUGGAGAUUCUGGAGCUGUAUUGUGAUCUGCUGCUGGCUUGGUUUGGCCUCAUCCAAUCUAUGAAGGAACUAGACUCUGGUCUGGCUGAAUCCGUGUCUACGCUGAUAUGGGCUGCUCCUGGGCUCCAGUCAGAAGUGGCUGAGUUGAAAAUAGUUGCUGAUCAGCUCUGUGCCAAGUAUAGCAAGGAAUAUGGCAAGCUAUGUAGGACCAAUCAGAUUGGAACUGUGAAUGACAGGCUGAUGCACAAACUGAGUGUGGAAGCCCCACCUAAAAUCCUGGUGCAGAGAUACCUGAUUGAAAUUGCCAAUAACUACAAUGUGCCCUAUGAGCCUGACUCUGUGGUCAUGGCAGAAGCUCCUCCUGGGGUAGAGACAGAUCUUAUUGAUGUUGGAUUCACAGAUGAUGUGAAGAAAGGGGGCCCUGGAAGAGGAGGAGGGGGUGGUUUCACAGCACCAAUUGGUGGACCUGAUGGAACAGUACCAGUGCCUAUGCCCAUGCCUAUGCCCAUGCCCUCUCCAAGUACUCCUUUCUCCUACCCACUGCCAAAGGGACCAGUUGAUGACAUAAACGCUGAUAAGAAUGUCUCUUCUGCACAGAUUGUUGGUCCUGGGCCCAAGCCAGAAGCCUCUGCAAAGCCCCCUUCCCGACCCAUGGAUACCUACGACAACUUUGUACUACCGGAGUUGCCAUCUGUACCAGACACACUACCAACUGCGUCUGCUGGUGCCAACACCUCAGCAUCUGAGGACAUUGACUUUGAUGAUCUGUCCCGGAGAUUUGAAGAGUUGAAAAAGAAAACCUAGGUCUCUUAAACCAGGCAACCUGCAGGCUUUGAGAUUUGAGGCUGAGCUGUUUCUCCUUGUAACAAUCUCCAUGAAAUUCUUAUUCAUCUCUUAACCAUCACUGAGUACAUUCUUCCUCUGGGCUCUCUUCCUGCUCUAAAUUCUGCUGCUUUCCAGUUCUCUCCUGCUCCUAAGAGACUAAUGAUUAGAGACUAUGGGGCCAGAGCAUCGGACUCUGGGCCGCUGGUUUUGUCCAGCUCCCAUGAGUGUGAGCCCAGCUUCUCCCGUCACCUUCUCCCAUCACAGAGAAGACUCUGGCUUCUGUGUCCCUCCACAGGGGAGUGAGAAGGUGAAAGCAUUAUGAGGAGAGCUGCCAAAGAUGGCUGGACACAGAGAAGAAUAUUUUAUGAAGUCUCUCAGCUUGGUGCUGAAGUUUUGGACUUAGAAACAAACCCCUCUGUACAGAGGGAUUUGUGGUGAGCAAGAAUCAAAGCAAAGGUAUGCUAUGAAUGGGAGAGACUGACUCUGGACGCCACUGUAAUAGUUCCCAGAAGCUGGGUCCUCUCAUUGGCAUAUACACUACUCCUUGCUGCCAGGCACUGUCCUACCUGGAUCCAGUUGCAAAGUUAAUUUGGAAAGUGGAGAGCUCUUAGUUCUACUGGAUUCUCAGGGAGCCCUCCGUGGCCUUUUGCUUUGAGUGCUGUGUUCCCCUUUUACCAGAGGGCAGCACUGCAUAAAUUCCUGUUUUUCCCCAUAACAUGUUCUGUUGGAUUGCAUUUACUGGCAAACGAAGGACAAGUCACAUACCGGGCAGAGUCACCAUUCAAGCCUAAGGUGGGCUUCCA